CUCCUUCUCCAUCACCGGCCGGACAUCUCGCCGACGCUAGCUGUACCUAGCAAGCACCCGUCCGGGCCUCCUCCAACCUACAAUCUCGAAUCCGCCCUCCGACGGUCCCCGGGACCGCUACGGCCUCUGUCCGUACGCAGUAUUCGUACAGACUACGAACUGCUCUUUCUGUGCGCACGCGACACUCCAGCCUGGCCAAUGCCUCGCACGUCGCAUUCUCCAUCCGUUUCGCUGACGUGCUCACAAGGAACGAACGAAGCUUUGUAA